CAGCCUGACUGGACGCGUAGUGUUUACUAUAUUUUAUUUUUAUUGUUUAGUUCUCAAUCUCAAAUUCUCAAUGUUGGAAGUUGUUACCUUUGAUCUGCAUUAGUGAAUUUUUACAUUUUCGUCCGGUUAAGAAAUAACAAAAUACAAAGCACCUGUAGGGCGUAGGCUUAACAAAACUGACAAAUAAAAUAAUUUCUACGCUAUAAAGAUGUCAAAAAAUCCAUUUAUGAACUGUAAAUCGCAUAAACAAAGAAAGAUAAGAGAUCUGAUUGUCAAUUCAAAAGAGAAACUAUUUUGCCCUCAUACUAUGGUGAGAUUCGGUAAUGAGCAGUUUGAAUUCAAAAGUAUGUGGGUUUACAAAAUGUGCUUAAAAAGUUUGUUGGGUGAAGAUAUUGACUAUGAAGAUUUGACUAUUUGCAAUACAUUGUCAAGAAAAGAUGAAGCUAAUCCACCUACUAAAAAAAAUGAAUGUACACAUUAUAUUUGUGAGACUUGUAACAAAAUAUUUACAACGCGUUUUACACUAAAGAAGCAUCUAAAAGUGCAUGAAAAGUCAUCGAGUAGUAUAGUCUCUGAACAAUCUAAUGAUAAAGUUGAAGCAAUGGAUGAUGUUGAUGAAAUUGAUGGAGUUGAUCUUUUAAACACAGAAAAUAAAAAUGAUGAGGAUAACGAUGACAAUUACGAACUGAGGAAGAAAAUCCAUGCAGUAGCAUUGAUUUGACGACUUCAUUUUAUUUCAUUAUAUUCAUAUUAAUUUUUUUUUUUAUUAAAUUAAAUUAAAUUUUAUUAGCUUUUAUUAUUUUUAUAUAUACAAUUUCUUACAGGUUUUAAGCAUCUCAAAUUUUUUCAUAGGCUUAUUGUAUUUUAGUUACAAUUAUAUGUUUAACUUUGAAUUAUGAUAUAAAUACAAAUUAAAACAAAUCAGUUAUACUUAA